CAAAGCUCUGACAUCGAUAAAAUAGAGCAAACAAAAAUAUUUACGUUGCAUCUGUCGGCAAAACACAAGAUUUUUAAACUUUUUUGUUCAUAUUUUAAAAUUGAAUGUAGUGUUUCGGUGCUUUUUAUAAUGGAAUGGAAAAACUUCGUACUUGAAGAAUGCCCCGCCAGUGCUUUCUACAUUCCGAACUUCACCACCACGCAGGAGGAAUCCUUCCUCCUAGCCCAGGUAGACAGAACACCUAAGCCUCGAUGGACUCAGUUGUCCCAUCGACGUCUUAUCAAUUACGGAGGAGUUCCACAUCCGAAGGGAAUGAUUGCUGAAGCGAUGCCGCCUUGGUUGCAGGGAUAUGUGGACAAAGUAAACCAACUGGACGGAGUGUUUGAGGACGGUAGGAAAGCGAAUCACGUUCUGGUGAAUGAAUAUCUUGCCGGGCAAGGCAUUAUGCCCCACUCGGAUGGGCCUCUGUUUCACCCCACUAUCACGACCAUUUCCUGUGGAUCGCACGCUGUGCUAGAAUUCCACGAACCUCAGGAAAGUGCGGAUGAAGGAAAAACUACUAUGCAACGGGUUCCCGUGACAAAAUUACUGGUCGAGCCCCGGAGUUUACUGAUUCUUAAAGACGACAUGUACCAUAAGUACCUGCACUCUAUUGCCGAAGUGGAGCGGGAUGUGAUAGAUCGGAGUGUCGCAAAUCUUUCGAGAAAUAAUUUUCAGCUGAACGACGUUCUGGACAGAACAACUCGUAUUUCGUUUACAAUUCGGCAUGUCCCAAAGACUUCCAAGAUGAAAAUAAAAUUGUUUUAGAACCGUA